CUCUCUCAGAACUGUGACCUAAGUUAACGUUAAUUGAUCAUGCGAUUAGCUAGUGAAGACACUGACAAGUUAGGAUGCUAGCUUCAUUUUAUUGACAUGACUUCGUUUGGAAAUGUCAUGUAAUGUUCAGUGUAAAAUAGUAGGCCUAUCAUUGAAGACUUAUAGAUCAAAAUAUCAUGUGAACUAUGGCAGUUACACAAUAAGUUUAUCGAUAAAAGACAAGCUGCCUGUCUGAACAGUUUGGAAGCUGAGCUUGUACCCUAUAAUUCAGUUAUGAUUCAAAUAUCAUUAUAGAGAUGUUGUAUGAUCUGACAUACAACAGACUCUGCUGAUAACAAAGCAAAGGAACAUAACUUAUCUUGUUACUGCUCAUAUCAUAGGUUCAUCAAGCCACCCCCACUAUGGACCCACUUAGGAGAACAGCCUUGCUAGAUGACAUGGUCCAGUACUAUCUCUUCUUGGUUCAGCCUAACCUCUUAGACACACAGUCUGAUGAUCUACGUCUGAGACUUUGGCCAAGGUUGCCCCUCUCCUUGUGCAGUAUAUCUGGCAACAGCAGCCAUUCAACCUCAAGUACCACACUGAGAAAGGCACAGUACUGGUUCUGACCUGGAUACAAAUGUUUUUUGAGGAUUGAAGGAUUUGUUAUACAAAUCAUUUUGAUGCUUUGACUGAAUGAAUGGUGAUCAUGUCUUGAUUGUACCUGCAAGGGGUACAAUCAAUCACACUUUGGAGGCAGCACUGUGUUUGGGGACAGUGUGGAGGAUGAGUGGUUCAUCUUAUACCUCCUGCUUCAGAUCACACAAGCCUUCCCAGAACUUGCUGCCAGGUUAGAGUACAGUGAUGGGGAGUUCCUUCUGAUUGAAGCAGCAGACUAUCUUCCCAAGUGGUUGAACCCAGAGAGCAGUGGAAACCGAGUGAGCUGUACAUCCUGCCCUGACCUCCCGCUCUAGUGGAGUUGGCCUGCCCAUGAACGCAGUGCCCAGCGUGAACCAUACUCUGGUCCUGCUCUCGUCCCACACACAGGCCUGUCUGGCCAGCCCCAAGAUCCGCACUGCUCUAGGGAAAAGACUGGAGGGGGCCCCAGGUGAGGAGAUCCUUCAGCUGCUACAGAGCUGGGAUCCCUGCAACGUGGAAGAACUGAGGAAAUGCGAGGCUCAUCUACCCCCAGAGGACAGUGGGUCCCAUUCAAAUGAGCCUUUCGGGUUUGAUCCAGACUCUAUGGCCAGUGCACUGGACAGACUACUGGACAUGUCAGGGGCUAAGGAUGAGGAGUUGGAUUCAGAUGACCUAGAUGAUGUCGAUGAGGCCGUGGAUGGUCCUACCGGACUGCGAGGGGAUGAAGGGGCAGAGGCUUCGGAAGGUCUUAGGAAGUACAUGGAUGAGAUGGACCAUGAGCUCAUGGGCACCAGCAUGGGACAGAGCUUCAACCAGCAGCAGGGCACCAAUAAAGCAGGCCCAGCAUGCAAUGGCUGCCCUCGUUCCCCCAGCGGGGAGGGUCUGCUGGGUGAGGAUGAGGAGAUCCAGCCCCUGGACAUAGACCUAAACAUGGUCACUAACCUCCUGGAGUCUCUGAGCUCCCGGGCUGGCCGGGCCGGCCUCUAAUCUGCUGCAGAGUCUGGGCAUCCACCUGCCACCCAAUACUGACCGUUCAUGCUGAACACCUGCCCCUCAACUCUGACCAUUCAUUGAGAACUCUGACCGCUCAUUAUGCCCUUGCAAAGAAAAUCACCCAACACCUAGUUCUUACUGUCUGCGCAGCCUAGAUACACUGCCCUUUACACUUUUUGCUCACAGAGAACACCAUGGACCACACCAGAAUCAAUCAUGUACAUCAGGACAGUGGUUUGACAACUGGAUCAUGUUUGCCAUUCUGAAUGCAGGAUCUAAAAGAUAACUGUAACCCUACAAAGUUGUGAUCCUAACGUAGAGGCACUUUCUCCCCUUUUGGAUAUUUGAAUCUGAUUGUCCUAAAUAUAACAUGUAGUUUCAAAUGUUUUUUUUUGUUGUUUUACAGCACUUAAAUCAUUACUUAGUCAAAUAAUAAAGUCGUACAGCACAUUGAUAUAUCAGCUGACGUAAGAAGGGCUAUAUAAAUCGAUUUGAUAAUUUUUUGGGGACAAAAUGUGUAGUCAUUUUCUAAAUAUAUUAUGUUAAAUGAGGUUUCAUGGCAGUGAAAAUAUUCUUUUAUUCGCUUACCCUGUGCCUUAUUAUUACACAAUCUCAUUGUGAUUCAAUAUUAACCAAAGCCCAGCCAAUUUUAGUAAUACAUUUGAGAUAAACAUGUGGACUUGCUUUCUGAUAACUUUUUAUUGUUUCAUGUGGGGAUUUGAAAAACCUUGAAGACAUAGUGUGUCUCUAUGCAGAGUUUCCCAAACCUUAUCUUUGGGACCCCCAAGGGGUGCACGUUUUGUUGUAGGCCCUAUUUUGGUUCAGCUUUGUAGUUUCUAGGGCAAAAACCAAAACGUGGACCAAGUUUGGGAAACACUGCUGUAUUGGUUUCUAGCACUUGGAGUAGAGAUCACUUUCUGAGUCUAAAUGCAAGCUGAGAUCUACUGCUCAGAUUUGAACUAUGCAAUUAAAAACAGUUCUGUA